AUGCGUGUUUCCACCCUCUUGGGCCUGAGCGCCUACGCCGUCGCCGAGGCGAGCUGUUCGCGCAACAUCAUUUACUAUGACCAGUGGCACACCAACGAUCUCCCCCCCAAGGACGUCACGCACAGCGUCACCCACGUCAUGAUGUCCUUUGCCAAUUCUUCGCUCUUCACUACUGAGCCUUCUGGCAAGUACGAGCCUUUCCAGCCUCUCAAGCAGGUUCGCGCUCUUUUCGACCAUGACAUCAAGGUCUGUCUUGCUAUUGGUGGUUGGGGCGACAAUGCUGGUUUCGACGCGGGUCUCAAGACCGAUCGCAGCCGGGAGAGGUUCGCUCGCAACGUUGCCUCUACUCUUGAUAGACUCGGUUACGACUGUGUUGACAUCGACAUGGAGUAUCCCGGUGGUAACGGCGCCGACUACAAGCAGGUCGUCAACUCCAAGAAGACCUACGAGAUCCAGGCCUUCCCCAAGCUCCUCAAGGAGAUCAAGAAGUUCAUCGGCUCAAAGGAGCUCUCCAUCGCUGUCCCUGGUCUUGAGCGUGACAUGAUCGCCUACAUCCCCAGCGAGACCCCUCUCAUCGAGAAGUCCGUCGACUUUGUCAACGUCAUGACCUACGAUCUCAUGAACCGCCGUGAUUCCUACACCACCCACCACGUCUCCGUCAAGGGUGCUGCCCGUGCCAUCGACAAGUAUCUCUCCCUCGGCUUCCCCGCUCACAAGCUUGUCCUCGGCAUUCCCUUCUACGCCAAGUGGUUCACCACCAAGCAGGGCUACAAGUGCACCAACCCCAUCGGCUGCCCUACUGAGCUCCUCGAGAACCCCAAGGAUGGUAGCGACACUGGCAAGUCUGGCUCCAUGACCUUUGAGGCUGCCAACUUUGUUUCUGCCCCUACCAACUUGACUACUACUCCCGAUGCUACCUGCGGUGCUGGUACUUUCUUCAAGUGCGCUACUGGAGGUUGCUGUGCCGCUUCUGGCUGGUGUGGUGAUACCGCUGCUCACUGCGGUACUGGCUGCCAGUCCGCCUACGGCCACUGUGACGGCAUUGAUCUGUCCGCCUCAUUCCACGAGGCUCUCGACAAGGGCAAGACUGACAAGGUCAACGGAGGACAGUGGUACUGGGAUGCCCCCAACCGCAUCUUCUGGUCCUGGGACACUCCCGAGCUCAUCGCUGAGAAGAUCAACCUUCUUGCCAAGACCCGCGGUGUCAAGAGUGUCAUGGCCUGGGCUCUUGCUCUUGACAGCCAUGACUGGAGCCACCUCAAGGCUAUGCAGCAGGGCUUCGACCGUGUUAACGCUUAG